AUGGCGUCUCGUCUCAGAUCAUUUACCCCGGCCAUGGACGAAGUCAAGGUUGAUCAGAUCACGGAAAGCAGCAUCUUCAACGUUGUCGGUAUGCUUCCGACGUCACUCCAAUCGGUACCGAUUCGCUUUCUCAGACGGAGCAUAAGUUUCCAUGCCCUGCGUCGAGAUGUCACAAUAUCCGGAUCGCAGACAAAGCCCCGACCUCUAUCAGAAGCCGAUGUCCCAGACGCUCUGAAUCAACCACUCCAGACCGACAUGGUAAGGCACAGUGGUGGGUAUGUAGAACCACAAGAGUUGCGCCCUCGACCUAUGAGUCGGGUGCUCUAUUCAGAAGCCCCAGAGGAUGAACCAGCUAUGCGAGCUGCGUCUGGCGUGCAUUGGAAGUUUGCGCGACAGGGAACAAAUCUUGUCAACAUUUCUACAGACGGAGGUAAACCCGCUAUAGCUGAGGAAGACGUAGCCUUUGAGCGAAAAGCUUUCGUCGACGGGGUAACUUAUCUCCUGAAAGCUCUGCCUCGGGACCUUGACGAAGGCGAGCUCAAAAGAAUUCAAUGCGCCUUGCCAGACCAACUCACUCAACCCGAUUUGGCCCUGACUCGAACAGGCCAUGAAUCGAACCAAGUCACCCCAAGUCAGCCUCGUUCUAUCAUUCAUCGCGGUGUUCAGAUGACUGUUGUCAAUUUGAUAUUCGUCCUCAGCUUCUUGGCGCCAUAUUUACUGCUCCUUGUUAGAUACGCAGCUCGUCUGGAACGCAAGUACAAAAUCUCAGAAAAGCUUGUAGGACACGGCGUUGAUAUAGUCAACUCGAUUGGAAAGCAGAGCGCUUCUUUGACAGAAGCAAUAGGCCAGAUGAACGACGGCAAAGUUGCCCAGGCUCUGCUGGAAGUUUUUGUCUGGACAGUUGAUGGUGUUACGCAGGGUAUUUCGGAUGGAAUCGGAGAAUCAAUUGUGGGGUCGAGAUCUAAGACCAAUGGCUGA